CAGGGGUACAGGGAGGCCUGAGCCCAUGGAACCCUUCCCUGGUUACAUCCCUCUAAUGACCUCUCUCUUCCCACAGAUUCCCAUGACUACAGAAGCACUUGUGGACUGUACGCAGGGCUGUGUGACCUUUGAGGACGUGGCCAUUGACUUCUCCCAGGAGGAGUGGGGGCUCCUAGAUGAGUCUCAGAGACGCCUGUACCAUGACACAAUGCUGGAGAACUUUGCACUUAUAGCCUCUCUGGUUUGUUGGCAUGGAACAGAGAAUGAAGAGACACCUUUUGAGCAGAGUGUUUCUAUAGAAGCUUUCUCACAGGUCAGGACUCCAAAAGCAGGUCCAGCCACCCAGAAGACUCACCCCUGUGAGAAGUGUGUCCCAAUCUUGAAAGACAUUUUGCACUUGGCUGAUCUACUUGGGCAGAAACCAUACUUGGUUGGGGCAUGUGCAGACCUACACCAGCUUCAGAAGCGUUCCAGUGCAGAGAAAAGGGAUGUGGAUAGAGCAUCAUUUGUUAAGAGCUGUAUAUUCCAUGUGUCAGGGAAUCCCUUCGCCUGUAGGAAGAUUAGAAAGGAGUUCCCGGUCAUGCUGGGGCUGCUUCAGCACCAGGACAUUCCCAACAGUGAGAAGUCAAACAAAAUCACCAAGCAUGAGGAGGCCUUUCAUGGUGGAAAAAAUCAUUACAAGUUGCGUGAAUGUGGGAAAACUUCCAGCCACAAACACAGUCUUGUUUAUCACCCAAGAGUCUCCACUAGAAAAAGAGUUUAUGAGUCUAGCAAAUAUGGGAAAGCCUUCUGCUGUAAGUACUCACUUGUUCAGCUCCAGAGACUCCACACUGGGGAAAGACCUUAUGAGUGCAGUGAAUGUGGGAAAUCUUUUAGGCAAAGAGCCACCCUCAUUAUACACCAGAGAGUUCACACUGGAGAAAGGCCUUAUAAGUGUGGUGAAUGUGGGAAAUCCUUUAGUCAAUGCUCCAACCUUAUUGAACACUGCAGAAUUCACAGUGGAGAAAGGCCUUAUAAGUGUGAAGAAUGUAAGAAAGCCUUUGGGUGUAAAUCCAAUCUUGUUCGGCACCAGAGAACUCACACUGGAGAAAAGCCUUAUGAGUGCAGCGAAUGUGGGAAAUUCUUUAGACAAAGCUUCACCCUUGUUCAACACCGGAGAAUUCACACCACAGCAAGGCCUUAUGUGUGUGUCCAGUGUGGGAAAUCCUUUAGUCAAAGAGCCACUCUCAUUAGACACCAGAGAGUUCAUACUAGUGAAAGGCUUUAUGAGUGCAGGGAAUGUGGGAAAGCCUUUGGAUCUAAAUCCAAACUCGAUCGGCACAACAGAAGUCACACAGGAGAAAGGCCUUAUGAGUGCACUGAAUGUGGGAAAUCUUUCAGACAAAGCUACAGCCUUGUUGAACACCAGCGAAUUCACAGUAGAACAAGGCCUUUUGAGUGUGGCCAGUGUGGGAAGUCCUUUAGCAGAAGAGCCAUCUUCACUAAACACCAGAGAAUUCACACUGGAGAAAGGCCUUAUAAGUGUGGUGAAUGUGGGAAAUCCUUUAGUCGAAGCACCAGCCUUAUUCAGCACUGCAGUAUUCACACUGGAGCAAGGCCUUAUGAGUGUGGCCAAUGUGGGAAAUCCUUUAGGCAAAAGUCUGUUCUCAUUCAACACCAGGUAGUUCACACUGGAGAAAGGCCUUAUGAAUGCAGCAGAUGUGGCAAAUCCUUUAGCCAACGCUCCAGCCUCAAUCUCCACCGAAAAUUUCACACCAUGGAGAAGCCCUAUGAGCGCAGGAAAUAUGGGAAAUCCUUCACUCCAACAUCUAACAGUUAGCACCAGAAAGUCCACACUUUAGAAAGGCCUUAGACCUGAAGGAAAUGUGCUGUCUCCUUGUUCACUGUAAUGGCACUAGACAGCUUUUGUGAGGGAGCCACCUGCCUGAAGUUGAACCUCAUACUUCCAAACAUGCAGAGGGGUGAAAUUCCCCAUGAGUUCCAGACAUGUAUGAGGCUUACAGGAGCUGCAUUGCACACUGUAAACUCCCCAGGGCCCUUGCCAGAGUUACAUCACUGCCAGUAUCUCUGCUAGAAGCCAUCUCACCUCUUCCACCUUGCACAGUGUUUCCUUGGUCACCCCAAUGUGCUAAGGAAAAGCAGACUUCUGAGCUCUCUCUCCCAGUCCCUGGAGGAAAUCUUGAGC